AAAAAAAUUAACUAAGGAAAAAAGAUGAAGUGAAAUGGAUUUAUAUUGAAUGUUUAUAGUGGAAAGAUUAAUCUAUUUUAUUUAGUGGUUUUAUAUAACACGUGGAUGGAGAGGUAGUGUGAGAGACAGGUGUUGUGGUGGUGGUGGUGCUACCUGAGUCAAGAUGGUCGUUUACGUCAACAACUCCCAGCAACAGUGUCCUGAGGUCACCUCGACAGGGAAGGCGGGCGGCGCGGGCGUGCGGGCGGGGUGUGUGGUGAAGGGCAUUAACGGCACGCCCACGGCCCAGCUCUCGCUCUCCCACGCCCACGCCCUCACCAAGCAGGGCUCCACACUCACCCUCGAGAUUGACGACAACAGCGAGGAGCCACCAGGGGCCUGUCUCUCCUCCUCCACCUCCAUCUGUUCCUCCAACUCAGCCUCCACCUCCUCCACCGUUAUUGCUGCUAAUGGACACAUCUCCUCCUCCAGGCGUCGAACACCAGGUAAGUCAACAAUCCUUCUCAACCUGUUCUUGAUUACAG